UUCAACUCAGCUCACUCAAAUAUGACAGCUCAUCAGCAUAUUCUCUGCAAAAAGUUAAAGUUAUUUUAAGAUAUUUUUCUUUAUGACCAAGGAAUGCAUUAAAAGAGUUGGUUAGCAGUUGGAAAAUACUUAAUUUCGAAAUUUUCUAUGCAUGAAAGGUUGUUUCAUACACUAGUAUUUAUUUUGGUAUUUAGGGCUUAGAAAGAACUUUAGAAACUAAUGAUAUCUUGGCAGAAGCUCUCUUGGAGAACCCCCUUAAACUCUGUAUCUGUUGGAUGCAUCCUUUAGUGGUGAGUCUUUUGAUUUCUAUUCUAUAUCCUCGUUUAUAAUCCUUGGAGUGGUGAAUUUCUAUAUUCCUUUGUGAUUUUAAUUUGGUGGUGAACUAUUUUUCGAUCUUAUUUAAGUUUUAUCGUGAGUUCGUGCCUUUUUUUUAUCCAAAACACUCAUUUCAACAAAUACAACUAUAUUGCGACUUUUCUUCAAGAGUUCGUUCCUUGUCUACUGUGACAUUUUCUAUCUGAAAAACUAUUCCAUCGGUGUUCUUUCGAAAUCCAUUCUGCAUUUUACCCUCUCCGGUAUCAGUUUGGUAUUAGAGCUAAAGGCUAUAGAUCAUGGCAAGGUGGAAUGAAAAAGAUAUAGUUGGUGAAGAUAGUUGCCAUAAAGAUGAUGCUGAGUCGUUGAGGCUGCAGCUAUGAAGAUUGCUACGUAGUCUACAAGAAAAAAAUGAAAUAAUUGAAGAACUUCGAAGUAGAAACAAUCUGCAUGAAAAUGAUAUCCAUGAGUUUAUUUUUGAUGAUGAUACACCUCCUCUUCCAAGGGAGUCGAGAAGAUGUCGGACAAGAAAUUGAAUAAAAAACGAGUGACAGAAUAAAUAUAACCCAAGAUUGGAGAUUUCAGAGUUUGAAGGUAAAAUAAAUGUUGAUGACUUUAUUGAUUGGCUUAAUACAGUAGAAAGAUUUUUUGAUUUUCAUGAACCACCAGAACAAAAGAAGGUCAAACUUGUGGCACUCAAACUCAGACGGAAUACAUCUUUUUGGUGGAAAAAUAUGAAAAAACAAAGAGAACGUAAGAGGAAGAGUAAAAUCGUGACAUGGGAAAAAAUAAAAAGGAAGCUGAAGAGAAAAUAUUUACCUGACAAUUAUUGGCAAGAGUUCUUUCUUAAAAUCCAUGAUUUUAAACAAAAAAAUCUUAGUGUGGAAGAGUACAUUGCAGAAUUCGAUAACCUAAUAUUAAAAGGAGAGCUUGUGGAACCAGAAGAGCAAACCAUUGCAAGAUUCUUAGGAGGUCUGAAGUAUGAGAUUGCUAAAGUUGUUCAACUGCAACCAUAUUGGUCUUUAAAUGAUGUGAGCAAGCUGACAUUAAAAGUUAAAAAACAACAGAAGUUUGAAAAGAGUUCUCGGUAUGGCUCAAAAGAAGGCUAUACAAAAGGAGGAAGUUCCAAGCCUACUGUCCAAAGCAAGGUGAUAUCGAAUGUGCAAGAAAAUGGUGAAGAAUCUAUUGGUAGCAAAAAAACACCUAAUUCUUCUUACCCAAGUAGCCGAAAAUACUUCAAAUGUUAUGGUUUUAGGCAUAUUGCUUCAGAUUGUCCAAAUAGGAGGAUUGUAACUUUGGUUGAAGAUUAUAAUGAUGGAGGAGAAGAUGAAGCCGAUGACGAACCAAAAUACGAUGAUGAUGAGGAAGAGAUUAUUUAUACUGAUCAUGGUUUGUCUAUUGUAUUGCAACGUAGCUUACAAGUGUCCUAUGUGGCCGAGGAUAAAAGUUGGGUGAGAAAAAAUGUGUUUCAUACUAAAUGUACUUCUCUUGGCAAGAUGUGCUUGGUGAUCAUUGACAACGGCAGCUUUGAGAAUGUGGUAUCUUUGGAGAUGGUGCAGAAGCUAAAGUUGGACACAAUCCCUUAUCCAUAUCUAUACCAAUUAUGUUGGCUGUAAAAAGGAAAUGAUAUCAAGGUAACCAAAAGAUGUUUAGUUUCAUUUUCUAUUGGCAAGUAUUAUAAAGACGAAGUUUGGUGUGAUGUUGCUCCUAUGGACGCAUGUCAUUUGCUGUUGGGAAGACCUUGGCAUUAUGAUAGGAGGGUGUUGUAUGACGGCUAUAAACAUACUUAUUCUUUUAAGGUGAAUGAAAAGAAGAUUAUCUUAGCUCCAUUACAAUCUUCCGAAAUUAGCACACCAAAAAGGGAAGUUAGCGUUUUAAUGUCCUAUGGGAAAUGCAAAAGAGAAUUGGAAAAGGGUGGUCAUGUCAUGGCUUUAGUGGUAGUAGAAGAGAAUGAACAACAUAAGGAGACACCGACAAUCAUGAAAUCAAUCCUAGAGGAAUUUCAAGAUGUUAUACCGGGAGAGAUUCCACGUAACCUUCCACCUUUGAGAGACAUCCAACAUCAAAUUGAUCUUAUUCCGGGGGCUAUUCUACUUAAUAAAGUAGCAUACAGAAUGAGUCCCAAAGAGCAUGAAGAACUUCAAAGGCAAGUUGAUGAAUUGGUGAAAAAGGGGUUAAUUCGGGAGAGCAUGAGUCCUUGUGCAGUUCCAGCCUUGUUGGUGCCUAAGAAGGAUGGUUCUUGGAGAAUGUGCGUGGACAGCCGCACCAUCAACAAAAUCACAAUGGACUAUCGUUUUUCUAUUCCAAGGUUAGAUGAUUUACUUGAUCAAUUGUGUGGUGCUUAUAUUUUCUCUAAAAUUGAUUUAAGGAGUGGCUAUCAUUAAAUAAGAAUGAGGCCCGGAGAUAAGUGGAAAACAACAUUUAAAACUAGAGAAGACUCAUAUGAAUGGUUGGUUAUGCCAUUUGGGCUAUCUAAUGCUCCUAGCACUUUCAUGAGAUUUAUGAAUCACAUACUUAAGCCAUGUAUUGAAAUAUUUGUUGUAGUUUACUUUGAUGAUAUAUUGGUGUAUAGUAAAAGCGAAGAAGAGCAUAUGAUUCAUCUGAAAGAGAUCUUUCUUAUUUUGAGAUAGCAAAAACUUUAUGCUAAUAUAAAGAAGAAUGAUUUCUUUACUUCUAGUGUUGUGUUUUUGAGGUAUGUUGUGUCAAAAGAUGGAAUCAUGAUCGAUCAAAGUAAGGCAGAAGCUAUUCUCAAUUGGCCAACACCUGCUUCAUUGCAUGAUGUGAGGAGUUUCCAUGGCUUAACUUCUUUUUACAGAAGAUUCAUCAAGGGUUUCAGCUUUAUUGUCGCUCCAAUCACCGAAUGUCUGAAAUGUGAUAAAUUCAAAUGGACUAGUGAGGCUAAUGAUGCUUUUGAGCUUUUAAAAAGAAAGGUGACUGAAGCUCUUAUCUUAGUUUUACCAAAUUUUGAUAAUGUGUUUGAGGUUGAAUGUGAUGCAUCUAAUGUGGGAAUAGGUGCUGUUUUAAGUCAAGACGAAAAGCCCAUUGCAUUUUUUAGUGAAAAGCUAAAUGAUACGAGAAAGAAAUAUUCUACUUAUAGCGCGAAGUUUUAUGCGAUUUAUCGAGCUUUGUUUCAUUGGAGUCAAUAUCUUCUUGCGAAGCCAUUUAUCUCAUAUUCUGAUAAUGAGACAUUAAAGUUCAUUAAUCACUAGCUGAUGAGGAUAGUAAUUACGAUAAGACUCGGCUGACGUCAGCCGACGCCUCACGCCUCGAUCGGCGCGACAGCACCAGGUCAAACGGACCAGAACACCGGCCGAGGCGCAUUAACGCCUACUCAGGCUCGGUUCUUCACGCCACGCCAACGCUAAUGUCAGACGCUACCAGCCUGCCCCCUGCAAGCGGGCACAUCAAACAACAGUAAGCUUUCCUAUAAAUACCCUCUCGUUCAUCAGGAGGAGGGGGAGAGACAAAAACAUUUCUUCAUCUGAAACCCCCUCCACAUCAUCUGACUUGAUCGUCGGAGGGGUUGGGCCGAGCACCCCGGCCCGACCUUUAUGCAGGUGCGAAGCCGAAGGUCCCCGCCGGACGCGCAGGCGAGGAGUUCCUGCUCGGAGGAACAGGCGACCUCGUCCCGAUCGGACACCGCACGCGACCACCUCGGCGGGCUCGAGUGACGCCUCAAGGAGAUUCCUGUCGUCUGGACCCGAACCGAGCCGCGUCGGCCCCGAGGCCACGGCUCAAGGUUGUUUACACCAACAUUUUGGCGCUAGAAGGAGGGCCCGGAAUGUCCGGUGAUCACCCGAGCGGCUCAGACGAGCCCACGGCUGACAGGUCGCACCCGACUGAAGCCUUAAGGGAACAUCCCUCGCACGGAGGCCAUCGUGACGAACACCCCGCCACGACCUCCGAACGAUACUGGCAAAUAUUCAACGACCCGGGUUUGUCGCCGCUCGACGGCGCCCCCGUCGACUCGACACCCGUGUCACCCGAGGCCUUUCAAGACCUCGCCCGUCAAGUCCGAGCUCUGAUGGAUGUGGUGCAAACCAUCAUCCCGCUCAUUCCUCAACCGGCGCACCCACCCGCAGUCCAACCACUGCGACAAUACGAACCUCCCGUUCGGGCCCACACGACACUUCCGGAGCCCCCCACUUCACCUCGGGUCCGACCGACCGCACUCGGGGAUCCAGUGAUGACAAACCCGAGCGGCCGCCCGGAACCCGAGGCACUCUCUUUGGAUUCCCUGCGGGCCCAGUUGCGCUUCGUCAGUCAGCGACUCGACGAGGUGCAGAAAGAGGUUCGCAGGUCCAAGGGAGAGCUCGAGGAGGACGCACACCAAGGGUCUCCCUUCACGCCUGAGAUACGGGAUCAGACAGUCCCCCCGGACUUCCAGCUCCCCUCUCUGGACGCUUACGAUGGCUCCACCGACCCGGCGGACCAUGUAGCCGCUUUUCGUGCCCAAAUGGCGCUAUGCGGAACCUCUAAUGCCUUGAUGUGCAGAGCGUUCCCUACCACUCUGAGAGGGCCGGCCCACGCGUGGUACGACGCCUUAAAGACCGGAACGAUCGCUUCCUUCGACUAGCUCGUCAAGGACUUCGAGCUCCACUUCGUGGCCUAUGCACGACCGAAGCCUUCUGCGACACUGCUCUUCGGACUCAAACAAAGGGAGGACGAGCCCCUCUCCCAUUUUGUGGAUCGUUUUGCCAUGCAAAUCUGGGGCCUGCUGGACACUCACCCCUCUCUGUUAGUGCAGGCGUUUAUGAUAGGCCUGCGACCUUCCAGAUUCCUCUGGUCCCUCGCGGAGCAACCUCCCACCACGGUGCCAGAGAUGCUCCAGCGUGCUAAUCGGCAUAUCGCGACGGAGGCCUGGGCGGCCAUGAGGAGAAGCGACGGCCCCCGAUCGCAGGCUCCAUAAGAGAGGUCAAGCACCCGUGGGGGCUACCCGAUGUAGUCCUCAUGAAAAGAAAUCUAAGCCAUGCCUCAGCCUCUUUCGAGCCAAGGUUCAGUAUCUACCCGACCCCCUCUCAGCUCGUGGUUAGCCCCGGCUUAAAAUCUUUUGAAUCUACACGGCUCGGCCAUAGACUGCCGAGCCCACCUUAGCGCGACCUUCCCGCCUGAGCCGCACCCCCUCGGCCAUAGACUGCCGAGUCCAUCUAAGGGCGGCCUGCCCACCUAAGUUGCAUCUCUCGGCCACAGACCGCCGAGUCCACCUCAGCGCGGCCUGCCCGCCUGAGCCGUGCCUCUCGACCUGUGCCACGCCCCUCGGCCUGAGCCAUGUCCCUCGGCCAUAGACCGACCGAGUCCGAUGGCCCGAGCCAAGUCCUUCGGCCCGAGACCACACCUGCGCGGCCUGCCCGCCUGCGUCGUGCUACUCGGUCGCAUGUUGCCCGAGACCACACCUGCGCGGCUUGCCCGCCUACGUCGUGCUACUCGGCUGCAUGUUGCCCGAGACCACACCUACGCGGCUUGCCCGCCUGCGUCGUGCUACUCGGCCGCAUGAUGCCCGAGACCACACCUGCGCGGCCUGCUCGCUUACGUCGUGCUCCUCGAAUCAUGCCCCCGAGACACCUGUGCGGCCAGCCCGCCUGCGUCGUGUUCCUCGGCUUCAUGCCCUCGAGACACACCUACGCGGCCAGCCCGCUUGCGUCGUGCUCCUCGGAUCAUGCCCCCGGCUUCAUGCCCCCGAGACACACCUGCGCGGCCAGCCCGCCUGCAUCGUGCUCCUCGGAUCAUGCCCUCAACUUCAUGCCCCCGAGACACACCUGCGUGGCCAGCCCGCCUGCGUCGUGCUACUCGGCUUCAUGCCCUCGAGACACACCCGCGUGGCCAUAGACUGCCGAGCCCACCUUAGCGCGGCCUUCCCGCCUGAGCCGCACCCCCUCGGCCAUAGACUGCCGAGUCCAUCUAAGGGCGGCCUGCUCACCUGAGUUGCAUCUCUCGGCCAUAGACCGCCGAGUCCACCUCAGCGCGGCCUGCCCGCUUGAGCCGUGCCUCUCGACCUGUGCCACGCCCCUCGGCCUGAGCCAUGUCCCUCGGCCAUAGACCGACCGAGUCCCACGGCCCGAGCCAUGUCCUUCGGCCCGAGACCACACCUGCGCGACCUGCCCGCUUGCGUCGUGCUACUCGGUCGCAUGUUGCCCGAGACCACACCUGCGCGGCCUGCCCGCCUAUGUCGUGCUACUCGGCCGCAUGUUGCCCGAGACCACACAUACGCGGCUUGCCCGCCUGCGUCGUGCUACUCGACCGCAUGAUGCUCGAGACCACACCUACGCGGCCUGCUCGCUUACGUCGUGCUCCUCGAAUCAUGCCCCCGAGACACACCUGUGCGGCCAGCCAGCCUGCGUCGUGUUCCUCGGCUUCAUGCCCCCGAGACACACCUACGCGGCCAGCCCGCCUGCGUCGUGCUCCUCGGAUCAUGCCCCCGGCUUCAUGCCCCCGAGACACACCUGCGCGGCCAGCCCGCCUGCGUCGUGCUCCUCGGAUCAUGCCGUCGACUUCAUGCCCCCGAGACACACCUGCGUGGCCAGCCCGCCUGCGUCGUGCUACUCGGCUUCAUGCCCCCGAGACACACCCGUGCGGCCAGCCCGCCUGCGUCGUGCUCCUCGGCUUCAUGCCCCCGAGACACACCUGCGCGGUCAGCCCGCCUGCGUCGUGCUCCUCGGCUUCAUGCCCCCGAGACACACCUGCGCGGCCAGCCCGCCUGCGUCGUGCUCCUCGGAUCAUGCCCCCGAGACACACCUGCGCGGCCCGCCCGCCUGCGUCGUGCUCCUCGGAUCAUGCCCUCGGCUUCAUGUCCCCGAGACACACUUGCGCGGCCCGCUCGCCUGCGUCAUGCUCCUCGGCUUCAUGCCCCCGAGACACACCUACGCGGCCCGCCCGCCUGCGUCGUGCUCCUCGGCUUCAUGCCCCCGAGACACACCUGCGUGGCCCGCCCGCCUGCGCCGUGCUCCUCGGCUUCAUGCCCCCGAGACACACCUGCACGGCCAGCCUUCCUGCAUCGUGCUCCUCGACUUCAUGCCCCCGAGACACACUUGCGCGGCCAGCCCGCCUGCGUCGUGCUCCUCGGCUACACGCCCCCCGAGACUGCGCCUGCGUGGCCAGUCGUCUGAAAGCUGAAGCCAUGCUUCGGAUUCCCGUUACAACGACCGACGCAUAGCUUCUUUCCGAGGGGGAAUAUAAUGAGGAUAGUAAUUACGAUAAGACUCGGCUGACGUCAACCGAUGCCUUACGCUUCGAUCGGCGCGACAGCACCCGGUCAAACGGACCAGAACAUCGUCUGAGGCGCAUUAAUGCCUACUCAGGCUCGGUUCUUCACGCUACGCCAACGCUAAUGUCAGACGCUACCAGCCUGCCCCCUACAAUCGGGCACAUCAAACAACAGUAAGCUUCUAUAUAAAUACCCUCUCGUUCAUCAGGAGGACGGGGAGAGACAAAAACAUUUCUUCAUCUGAAACCCCCUCCACAUCAUCUGACUUAAUCGUCGGAGGGGUCGGGCCGAGCACCCCGGCCCGACCUUUAUGCAGGUGCGAAGCCGAAGGUCCCCGCCGGACGCGCAGGCGAGGAGUUCCUGCUCGGAGGAACAGGCGACCCCGUCCUGAUCGGACACCGCACGCGACCACCUCGGCGGGCUCGAGUGACGCCCCAGGGAGAUUCCCGUCGUCCGGACCCGAAUCGAGCCGCGUCGGCCCCGAGGCCACGGCUCAAGGUUGUUUACACCAACACUAGCACAAGCUAAAUUUGGUGUUUUAAAAUCUUAUAACCCAUAUAAGAGGCAUGCAGCUUGGGUAGAGUUUUUACAAUCUUGUAACUUUACAAUCAAGCACAAAUCUGGUGUUUAAAAUGUAGUUGCUGACGUAUUGAGUAUAAAGCAUUCUUUAUUAUCAACAAUGGAAGUCAAAGUGGUUGGAUUUGAAACAUUCAAAGAUCUCUAUGAGAGUGAUGUAGAUUUCGGCUCGAUAUGACAUUUUUGCAAAUCAGGUUCCUUUCAACAAUUUUCUAUCUUUGAUGGUUUUCUUUUUUGAGCUAAUGCUUUAUGUGUUCCCUCUUGUUCUUUGAGGCAAGUAAUUCUAGCUGAAGCUCAUGGUGGUGUUUUCGGUGGAUAUUUUGGUAGAGACAAGACUCUAGCUCUUAUUCAAUCAAACUUCUAUUGGCCUAAGAUGUUUAGAGAUGUGGAAAGACAUGUAAAGUAAUGCCGAAUGUGUCAUUUGGCAAAAACAAGAAGUCAAAAUUCUGGAUUGUACACUCCAUUGCCUGUGCUAGUUGGCUCCAUGGGAGGAAGUGAGUCUUGAUUUCGUUUUGGGACUACUAAGAAUUCAAAGGAACAAGGAUUUUAUCAUGGUUGUUGUUAACAGAUUUUUAAAAAUAUCUCACUUUGUUCCCUGUAAUAAAUCGAAUGAUGCAUCUCAUAUUGCUGAUUUAUAUUUUAAGGAGAUUGUUAAAUUGCAUGGUAUUCCAAGAACUAUGGUGUCUGAUCGAGAUUCAAAAUUUCUUAGUUAUUUUUGGAGAACUCUUUAGAGGAAACUAGGUACUUCUUUGAAUUUCAGCAGCUCGCAUCAUCUACAAAUCGAUGGGCAAACGGAGGUAAUGAACAGAAGCUUGAGAAAUAUGCUUAGAAGCUAUAUUGGCAAGAAUAUUAAGCAGUGGGAUCUCAUUCUUCCACAAAUUGAGUUUGCCUACAAUCGUUCUAUCCAUUAUAGUGUCGGUAAGAGUCAUUUUGAGGUUGUUUAUAGUGCUAAUCCUAUUGGUCCUUUGGACUUUGUCCCUCAUUCGACAACUAAGCAAUUUAAUGGAGAUGCUGAUGAGAGAGCAAAGUAGAUAAAGAAGCUAGAUGAGGGUAUUAAAGCAAACAUAGAAAAGCAAAAUGAGAGAUACAUGGAAGCUGCCAAUAAACACAAAAAACAUAUGGAGUUUAAUGUUGGUGAUUUGGUCUGGAUUCAUCUAAGAAAGGAGAGGUUUCCACCGGGCAUAUUUGGAAAAUUAAAAUCAAAGGCUGAUGGUCCAUUCAAGGUGCUUAAGAAAAUUAGUAAAAAUACAUGUAAAAAUACCUAUUGAUUACGGAGUGUCCCCAACAUUUAAUAUUGCUGAUUUACGUCCUUUUCACAAUCAAGUUGACGAAACAAAUAAGGACUUGAGGACAAGUCUUUUUCAACCAGGGGAGAUUGACACGGGAGUGUCUAAUUUGAUACAAUUUGCUCAUAUGGACCUUGCUGAUGCUAUGAUAUUUUUUUCAUCCAAUAUUAUUGCCUCAUAGUCUUCAACUUAGCCCACUCAAAUAUGACAGCUCAUCAGUAUAUUCCCUGUAGAAAGUUAAAGCUAUUACAAGAUGCUUUUCUUCAUGAUCAAGGAAUGUAUUAAAGGAGUUAGUUAGCAAUUGUAAAACACUUAAUUUCGAAAUUCCCUAUGCAUGAAGGGUUGUUUCAUGCACUAGUAUUUAUUUUGGUGUUUAGGGCUUAGAAAGAACUUUAGAAACUGAUGAUAUCUUGGCAGAAGAUCUCUUGGAGAACUCCCUCUGUAUCUCUUGGAUGUGUCCUUGAGUGGUGAGUCUUUUGAUUUCUGUUCUAUAUCCUCGUUUAUAAUCCUUGGAGUGGUGAAUUUCUGUAUCCCUUUGUGAUUUUAACUUGGUGGUGAACUAUUUUUCGAUCUUAUUUAAGUUUUAUCGUGAGUUCGUGCCUUUUUUAUCCAAAACACUCGUUCCAACAAAUACAACUGUACUACGACUUUUCUUCAGGAGUUCGUUCCUUGUCUACUGUGACAUUUUCUAUCUGAAAAACUGUUCCAUCGGUGUUCUGUCGAAAUCCAUUCUAUAUUUUACCCUCCCCGGUAUCAAACGCUUUUGCCAUUCUGUCCCUGUCGAAUUUAAUCUGUUUUUGUGUUGUCACAAUUAGGAAAUCACCAUUGACAAUAUUGUUUAGAUUAUAAACUGGCCUUUUGGAAUCAAUAUGGAUUUAGCGCUAUGUUCAUUCUUAAUAUGUAAUAUGAUAACCAUAGGUUUCUGUUUUCCUUUCAUUUCCAGUCAUUGUCUUCACAUCCCUUCUGUAACAGUUAGGACCUCUUGUUCCUUCUAUUGCUACACAAAAGGGUUCUCAAAAUUUUGCUUCCCUUUUGUUAUUUUGAAUGAACAAGAACGAAUUCUUAUAUAUUGUAUAUGCUUUACUUAUCUCUGGCACAGGAAAAACAACAUUUGUGAAGAGGCAUCUUACUGGUGAAUUUUAGAAGAAGUAUGAGUGUAAGUAUCAUGGAAGUUGCCACAUCUUGGAUAUACUUAUUUUUUAGCCACUAUCGGUGUUGAGGUCCACCCGUUGGAUUUCUUCACAAAAUGUGGGAAGAUCCGGUUCUAUUGCUGGGAUACGGCUGGUCAGGAGAACUUUUGUGGUCUUCGUGAUGGAUACCACAUCCAUGGUCAAUGUGCUAUUAUCGUGUUUGAUGUCACAGCCAGGUUAACAUACGAAAAUGUUCCAACUUGGCACCGGGAUUUAUGCAGGUUCUACGAAAAUAUUCCUAUUGUUCUUUGUGGCAACAAGGUUGAUGUGAAAAACAGGUAGGUUAAAGCAAAGCAAGUUACAUUCCACAGGAAGAAGAGCCUCCAAUACUAUGAGAUUUCUGCAAAGAGCAAUUACAACUUUGAGAAGUCCUUCCUUUAUCUUGCUAGAAAACUCGCAGGGGACCCAAGCCUUCACUUUGUAGAGUCACCUGCUCUUGCACCUCCGGAACUUCAGAUCGACCUGGCUGCACAGCAAACAGAUAAUGUCAACCAUCGAACCUAUUCUAUCCACAUCUAUUUCAGGCAUGAAGCAGAGUUGGCUGCUGCUGCUGUGCAGCCUCUUCCCGACGACGAUGAUGAUGAUGAUGAUGAUGAUGAUGAUGACGACGAUGACGUUAACGAUGUAUUUGACUAGGAUAUCUUAGGUCAAGUCGCAGCGAGGUCUCACAAAGAGUCAUGUAAGUUAUCCAUUUUUGGGUUUUGUCUCGAGUCAUUUCGGUUCAACGUGCCAAGGGGUUGGAACUUUCGAUAUUUUUCAUUUUCCAAGUAUGGAUAAUAGUUUGCAUAAUUGAUUCAAGAAUUUUUUUUUUCCACCUUUGACGUGGAUCAAAUUUAUUAACGAGUCA